AUGUCGCUCUCCAACAAGCUCUCCAUCACCGACGUCGACCUCAAGGACAAGCGCGUCCUGAUCCGCGUCGACUUCAACGUUCCCCUCGACUCGGAGAAGAAGAUCACCAACAACCAGCGUAUCGUCGGUGCUCUCCCCACCAUCAAGUACGCUAUCGACAAUGGCGCCAAGGCCGUCGUCCUGAUGUCCCACCUUGGCCGCCCCGACGGCAAGAGGAACGAGAAGUACAGCCUCAAGCCCGUUGUCGGCGAGCUUGAGAAGCUUCUCGGCAAGAGCGUCGUCUUCACUAGCGACUGCGUUGGUCCUGAGGCCGAGGAGGCCGUCAACAAGGCCACCGGCGGCCAGAUCGUCCUCCUGGAGAACCUGCGCUUCCACGCCGAGGAGGAGGGCAGCUCUAAGGACGCUGACGGCAAGAAGGUCAAGGCCGACCCCGCCGCCGUUGAGGAGUUCCGCAAGGGCCUCACCAAGCUCGGCGAUGUCUACAUCAACGACGCCUUUGGCACCGCCCACCGUGCCCACAGCUCCAUGGUCGGCUGCCAGCUCCCCCAGAAGGCUGCUGGUUUCCUCAUGAAGAAGGAGCUCGAGUACUUCGCCAAGGCCCUUGAGAACCCUCAGCGCCCCUUUGUCGCCAUCCUUGGUGGUGCUAAGGUCUCGGACAAGAUCCAGCUGAUUGAUAACCUGCUUGACAAGGUCAACACCAUCGUCGUCUGUGGCGGCAUGGCUUUCACCUUCAAGAAGACGAUUGAGAACAUGAAGAUUGGCAACUCUCUCUUUGAUGAGGCCGGCGCGAAGACCGUCCCUGCCCUUGUCGAGAAGGCCAAGAAGAACAACGUCAAGCUUGUCCUGCCUACCGACUUCAUCACCGCCGACAAGUUCGACAAGGACGCCAACACCGGCUACGCCACCGACGCUGAGGGUAUCCCCGACGGCUGGAUGGGUCUCGACUGCGGCGAGCAGUCCGUCAAGCUCUACAGCGAGGCCAUUGACGAGGCCAAGACCAUCCUCUGGAACGGCCCUGCUGGUGUCUUCGAGUUCGAGAAGUUUGCCAGUGGCACCAAGGCCACCUUGGACAAGGCCGUCGCCGCCGCUCAGUCUGGCAAGAUUGUCAUCAUUGGUGGUGGUGACACUGCCACUGUCGCCGCCAAGUACGGCGUCGAGGACAAGCUCAGCCACGUCUCGACCGGUGGUGGUGCUUCCCUGGAGCUUCUUGAGGGCAAGGCCCUGCCCGGUGUUGUUGCCCUGUCGAGUAAGUAA